AUGUCGGAAGAUCCAUACUUUGAUCUCGGCUCAUAUCGAUUGCCCGUGAAGACAAACUCUCCAGAAUGCCAGGUUUGGUUUGAUCGCGGAUACCGUUGGGCCCAGGGUUUCAAUCAUGGAGAAGCAGCCCGUUGCUUCAGGAACGCUAUUGCACAUGACGAAACUUGUGCUAUGGCAUAUUGGGGUCUUUCCUAUGCCAUAGGACCAAACUACAACAAAGCCUGGAUUCGAUUUGAUCGAUCAGACUUACUUAACACAACCACCGAAGCCCCGCUCCUUCUUCAAAAAGCCCAAGCAUGCACUACCCAAGAAGCCCCAGUAGAAUUUGCUCUAAUCGAGGCGCUGAAAGCUCGGUUUCCACAAUCCCAAGUGAUACCUGAAGAUCUUGGCUCGCUGGAUCGAAGCUAUGGGGAGGCUAUGCGUGCGGUGUAUGAAAAGUUUCCGGAUGAUUUGGAUAUUUCCGCUCUGACCGCAGAAGCCUUGAUGUGUCUCACUCCACGUGGUCUAUGGAACCUCGAUACGGGAAAGCCUACUGGCCAUCAUACGGUACUGGCUCGUGAGAUAAUAGAGAGGGCGAUGACACUUCCAGGGGGCGCAGAACAUCCCGCGUUAUGCCAUCUCUAUAUCCAUUUAAUGGAAAUGUCUCCAUAUCCAGAAACCGCCUUGCCAGCAGCCGAUCGGCUACGCUCUUUAAUGCCCGAGGCAUCCCAUAUGCUUCAUAUGCCGACUCACAUCGAUAUCGCCUGUGGCGAUUAUCGUAGAGCCGUGGACUCGAAUCACCAAGCUAUGCUUGCCGAUGAUAAGUUCUUUGCUCGCACAGAAGGAACCCAUCUCUACAAGUUAUACCGGGCGCAUAACAUCUAUGUGAAACUGUAUAGUGCCUUGAUUUCUGGCCGCUCCCAGGACGCGCUCUCUGCGGCACAUCGUCUCCCUGGAGUACUUACCACCGAGGUGCUUUCUAUUUCGAGCCCGCCAAUAGCAGAUUGGGCAGAGAGCUUUCUCGGUGCGAUUGUUCAUGUCCUAGUCCGAUUUGGUCGCUGGGAGGAAAUUCUACAAAAUCUCCCGAUACCAGAGAACAAGCAGUUGUACUGUUCUACAACAAGUAUGAUCUAUUAUGGCCGAGGUAUUGCACUUGCGGUACUUGGUCGAGUUGAUGAAGCAAAGCUCGAACAAACCAAGUUUGAAGAGAUCAGAGCCCUCGUGCCGAGAACCCGUCUUAGUAGCCAGCCGGCUCUGGAGGUCGAUGUAUUGAAUGUUGCAUCGGCUAUGCUACAAGGCGAGAUCCAUUACAGAGAGGGAAAUUUCGAGGUUGCAUUUCGCAGCUUGCGAGAGGCCGUUGCUCUGGAAGAUAAUCUCCCUUAUUCAGACCCCCCGCCUUGGAUGCAGCCAACUCGGCAUGCGCUGGGCGCCUUACUUUUAGAACAAGGCCAUGUCGAGGAAGCAGAGCUAGUAUACCGAGAGGACCUUGGACUGAGCGACAACUUACCCAGGCGCAAAGCAAGAUUGAAUAAUAUUUGGGGACUUCAUGGUCUCCAUGAAUGCUUGACCAAGACCGGCAAGAUUGCAGAGGCAAAGAUCAUUGGCAUCCAGAAAGAACUAGCUUUAGCGUCUGCAGAUGUUCCCAUUGCUGCUUCAUGUUUCUGCCGUCUUUCUGCUUCGCAGGCAACAAAUGAUCCCCAACCCUCCAAAUCGAAAUGCUGCGCCUGA